AUGUUGGCGUGGGUGGCUCUAGUGUGGUCUUGUUUGCUGUUAUCAGAAAUAUAUGAAUUCAAAUCAAUGGCAUCUCCGUAUGACUUUAACCAUGCUGGAAGUCCAUAUGGCCCGCCCAUCACAUAUGCCAGGAGCUGUAAAGAAAUUCGAGAUACCUAUGGCAUAUCUAAAGAUGGCCUUUACUUCUUAACCUCCAGCAGUGGUGUCACUUACCAGACCUUCUGUGACAUGACCACAGCUGGUGGUGGCUGGACUCUGGUGGCCAGUGUCCAUGAGAACAACUUGUUUGGGAAGUGCACUGUGGGGGACCGCUGGUCCAGCCAACAAGGAAACAACCCAAAUGUGCCUGAAGGAGACGGCAGCUGGUCCAAUACAGUGACCUUUGGCACAGCAGAGGCAGCAACCUCUGAUGACUUCAAGAAUCCAGGAUAUUAUGACAUAAUUGCUGAGGAUGUGUCAAUAUGGCAUGUUCCCAACAACUCUCCCACUGAUCAUUGGAAUGCAGCUUCCAUUCUGAGGUAUCAUACCUCAAGGAAAUUCUUAACACUUCAUGGAGGAAAUCUUUUCAACUUGUUCAAGCGUUACCCUGUGAAAUACAAAGCUGGCGUUUGCAACAUCAACAGAGGACCAGUUAUUCCAAUUCAGUAUGAUUUUGGAAGUGAUGAAUCUGUCACUAAAUUGUAUGGCCCCAACAGCAAAUCACAGUUUGAGCCAGGAUUCAUCUCAUUCAGAGUUUUCAACUACGAACAAGCUGCCAUGGCAAUAUGCUCUGGAGUCAAAGCUACUGGAUGCCACCUUGAACAUUUCUGUGUUGGAGGGGGUGGCCACUUCCCAGAGGGAGGGGGAAGACAAUGUGGAGAUUUCACAUCCUUUGACUGGGAUGGCUAUGCAACUCACAUUGGGUGGAGCGCAUCAAAGGAAAUGACAGAGGCUGCCAUGCUGAUAUUUUACCGCUGAGUCA